CAGACACAACAGCACAAGAACUGAGGAGUCCAUCAACGGAAAAGGGUUUGGUUUUUCUUCUGCUUUUCAACACCAAUCAACGCCUUCGCCUCUUCUCGUUCUCUCGUGCUUGAAUUUCCCCCUUUCAAAGAUGGUUCGCGGACGCGUCGUACGUGGUGGGCGCACAAGAAGAAAUCGUGAGACUUCUAAUCGAAUGGAGAAAGACCCAUCUCUGGUUACCGCUCGAUUUUUCAAAAUCAUGUUUGGCACGGAUUACUCAAAUGUUUUGUACCUGCCUCCCAAAUUUGCUCGGACAGUGAAGCACUUGGCUGGUCAAGAAAUUCAAAUUGAGGAUUCAACUGGACUCCGAUGGUCUGUAACAUUGUCACAUGUUAAUGGUUCCCUGGCAUUCCAGAAGGGGUGGCCUAAGUUUUUUCUAGACCAUGGUCUGAAGGAGGGAGAAUUCGUGGUUUUUAACUAUGUAAAAGGAAGCCAUUUUGUUGUUCAAAUAUAUGGAAAACGUGCGUGUGAGAGAAUCAACUUUAACAACGGAACAUGCAGGCCGAAUAAGAGGUCAAGGAGAGGCACAGAAACAGUUUACCAAGAUGCACCGAUUCAGACAACUUAUCUAAAUUCGAGGGAUAAGCCCAGCUCAGCCACUUCAGUAGCCUCUGGUUCAGAAUUUCAAACUCGUCAAACCCGUAAAUUGGGGGCAAAGUCUGACCAUGGAAGGCUGCAAGUUCUUCCAAUUCCGAUAAAAAUGGAGGAUCCGGCUUGCAUGGUCAACAGAGAUGAUGGACACUAUCUAGGAGAAGACAGGAACUUCUUGUAUGACUUAUCACUCUUUGAGAUGGAGAGAGAAACAGAUGACAGGAACAAAUUUGAGAAAGCUUUAGAUACAAUAACAAUCCCAUCUCCCCCUGAAGUUACAGAGGAGGCUAACAAAUUUGAGAAAGCAUUAGGCACAAUGAAUGCCCCUUCUGAAAUUCCUGAGCAAGCUAAUAUGGAGAGGGACGAUACUCAGAUGGCUGUGAUCCAGACAAAUGAGAACAAUGGGCAUUCUGCUGACAUUCCCUCUGACAAGUUUGAGGAAGCUCUGAACAUAAAAGUAGCCCCUUCUCAUACUGAUACUGUGGAGCAGUCAAAAACAAAGGUGGAUAACAGUGAGAUGGCUGUGGCCCACAAAAUUCAGGUUGAUGGCCAUUCUGGUGAGAUUUCCACUGACAAGCUGGAGAAAACUUUAGACAACAAAUUAGCUCUUUCUCGUACUGAAAUUACAGAGCAGACCAAAAUAAAGGGAGAUGAUACUCAAAUGCGGGAGGUCCACAGUGAGCAGAUUGAUGACCGUACUGCUGACAUUUUCACUGCCAAGCGUCAUUCGAAACCAUCUGACUUUAGUAACUUGAAGAAGGACAUCUCUGGUGAUGCUUCCAAUUUCCAGAAUGGUAAUUCCCAUCUUGUGGCAUCAGAUAGUGAAUCUCCUUCUAUAUGCAGUAGUAAGAUUGCUGGGAGGGAAGUAAAACACAGGUGUUAUGGAUCUGCAGUCUCCAGUUCGGUGCUCAAGGAUCGUUUUGGUAAACAUGCUAUUAAGAAAGAGCGGGUGGAGUUGGGAGAGGAAGCCAAUGGUUUACCUGAAGUAUUCGGUACUGAAGAGCCAAAUAUGGUAAGGGAAUAUGCUAAGAUGUUUCCUCCUGCGGUAAAAGUUGAACCUGAUCUGUAUGAUACAAGUCAACUGGUUACUGUUUGUGCAUUUUCCACAGAAGUGAAAAGCCUAUGUUACCUGGAGUUGCCGAUUCCCAUUCCAUCAGUUCGAGGACGGAGAGAUAGAGCACGAGGGAAGGUUGUGUAUCUGAGAGACUCAUCUGGGCGUCUCUGGCCAGUUCUCUACCCUGACCCAUCCCCUGUUAAAGCUUUGACUGUUAACUGGAGAAACUUUUGCGAGCAAAACGACAUCAAGCUGGGAGACAAGUGCAGGUUUCAAGUGGAGGACAUUAUGCUUUGCAUUUAUAAAGUUGAUGUUAUUAACUGAUUUGGCAAAUCUCCCGGUAAGUGAUUCAAUGUCUUUCUGAACCUAACUUAGUCCAAAGGUCGAAUCUGUGGACGGCAUAAUGUGAAUAUUCUAGGCAUGUUUUAGUCUCUUGUGGUGGACAUCCUAUGUCCUAUACAUUUGAAGAUCUAUGACGUGACUCUGAGCCAUCUUUUGGACUAAUCUCUACAUUUUUUUGUAGUCGCUUGCUAUUACAAUUCCCGUUGUAUGAAAUCAUGUUUCUAUCAUGAUUUGGUGCUUCUGAUAGCUGUUUAUUCUCUUAUUCGGUGUGUAAAAGGUUGUGCAUUUCGUUUUCCCUUGUAAGAAAUUAAUGUACCUGGAAUUUGCUCAACUUCU